UUGACGAUUGAAAGAGCACGCGCGGUCCGCAAUUUUCGUCGCGCGUCGAUAUAAAAAGCUGACUGCGGUAGGCAUUCUCCAUCUCUCUUCUGCGGGCUUCUAGCAGUACGAUGAAUUUUUCGACUGUUUACAUCGCUUUGUGUGUGUUUGGCGCUGUCCAGGGGCAGUCCCGGAUCAUCAACGGGGUGGACACGACUACAUCCAAGCACCCACACCAGGUGUCGCUACAACGCUGGGAUGUCUCAAGCAAUGCCUGGUUCCACACGUGCGGGGCUUCUAUCGUCGGGGGCCGCGUGGUCGUUACGGCCGCACACUGCAUUGAUACUUCGGCUACGUACUCGGUUGUCCUUAACAACGGCAAUAUGAUGGACCCAAACACGAAGAGGUACAACGUAGCGAAAAUCGUUGUGCACGAGAACUACAACAGCGGGAGCGGCGCAUUUCCGAACGAUAUCGCGGUGAUGCAGGUGGACUCGAUGAUGGAUCUGACCGACCACGCCGCUGUCCAACUCGCCGCGAACAACGCCAACUUCGUGGGAGUCACCUGUGUAAUCAGUGGCUGGGGACGAAAUUCCUCGAGCGGCCCAACUACUCAACAGCUCCAGGAGACGACUGGUAGGAUCCUCUCCGACUUCGACUGCUUGCUAAGCUGGCUCACCAACUACAACAGCGUCGCGCACAUUUGCAUCGAUAACCCGCAGACCGGAAGCUGCAACGGCGACAGCGGCGGUCCGAUGGUCUGCAAUGGCGUCCUGGCCGGAGUGACGUCAUGGGGCGCAGCCGGCUGUAGCACCAGCCGCCCCAGCGUGUACACGCGGGUCUCCACCUAUAGGGCGUGGCUUGAUCAGAACAUCAAUGCCCUUGCUUAGAUUGAUUGGAAUUAGUGCGACAUACGAACGUCUGCGAGAUUGUGACGUAGAUUGAUUGACGUCCGUCGCAUGCUGUGCAAGCGUAUGUGAAAUUUGCAAAAAAAAUAUUAGAAUAUACAUAUGAAAAUGGAAA